AUGUUGAAUGAUGGAUUGCAGAAGGCAGUGAGUUGGAGUGAUUUCGGGCAUGGUCGCUUUGUGGAGAAGAAAACAGUGUUGAGGAAAUGGAAUGACAAGGCCAUUAUGCAAGGGAAGAGUUUUCAAGGUUUUGUAAGAUUUGUGGUUGUGAGGGGCGAGUUCUUUGAAACAGUAUUGGUGUUGUUAUAUGAGCAUGAGUCGGGGGUGUUUGGUAAUCUUCAAGAGCCAGAAGGGGUUUUCAUUUUGGCAUGGGAGAGGGAGCGGGAGAGCAGCAGGGGGAAGGGAGCCCUUCCUUCCUUCCGUUUCCAGCCAACCAAAGAGCACCGUGGAAGUUGCACCAAAUUCAGAAGAGCUGAAAGGAGGAUCGGAGGUUGGGUCGCGGUGGAUGGUUCAGUGGCGCGGUGGCCGGUUUGGCGGAGAUGGAGCAAAAAGGGGGUGGUUAUGGUGAUGGAAGAAGCUGGAAGAGGUGAAGGUGCUAGUCCGGGAUAUGGGGUUGCGGGUGCUGGACAUAGUGCUUGGAGAAAACCAGAUGUUGUCGCGGAGUUUCCCUUGGAGCAAGAGCUGGAAGUUGCUGAUGUUGCGGAGUAGUCUUCUUAGAGUUUCUUGAUUGAACACUUGUAGUGUUUAAUCCUUUCAACUGUUCAAGUAUAUAAUUUUUCAGUUUCUGUUGUUCCUGAAUGACUGUAAUUUAAUUACACGUCAAAAUUCUGACUGUUCUCUAUAUUUGAAUGCUAACGUUCUUAUUAUAUAAUAUUGAUUAUUAUAUAAUCGGGAUGUUACAAUUAUACUUAGUUAAAUGUUUAU